AUGUCGGAGGUUGCCUCGGGGCUGGCCAGGCGGGCGUACUGGUUGUGUGCUAAGCGUGGCUGUAACGCUUGGAAUUGGUGUGACAAGCGGUGGACGUGCAAGGCGUGCGGCACCAGUGCUCCCCCAUGGACGAAGGAGUACCGCUCCGACAAGGCCCCCCCGCGGGUGGACGCAGACGGGUUCGUGCAGCAGCCCAGGGGAAGGGCUGAGCAGCGCGCGGCGAGGCGCUCGGCCUCCCAGCGGGCCCUCUCGGGGAGCACCGCGCCCAGCAGCGCCCCCAACAGCAGGGCACGGCGAGCGCGGCCCUGGGGAGAGGCCAAGACCCAGAUCGAGGAGCUGCAGGCGCAGCUCGCGGCGGCCAGGGAGCGCGUCGACACGCUCCAAGGGGCCUCGGCGCUCGGGCUCUCAGUGGACUUCCAGCGGGAGGCGGAGAAGGCCCUCCAGCAGGGCAAGGACCAGGUCGCCGCCUUGGAGCGGUCCGUCCAGGACGCCCAGCGCACGGAGCGCCCGCCUCACUCGGUGCUCCACAUUGAGGCCAACGCCAUUCAGAAGGUCGAGCGCCAGCUGGCCACGGCGCGUGCCAAGAGGGAGAAGCUCCAGCUGCAGGCGUCCGAGCUGCGCGAGCUCAUCGCGGAGAAGCAGGGGUUGCUUACUCAAGUUGGCGCCCUGUCGGAUCUCCUCAAGCAGCACGGAGCCGAGAUGCCUCCCAGGUUUUCGGAGAUCGUCGAGAUUCUCAACACGCAGAAGGAGGCGGUCGCUGAUGUGCUCAGGCCCCGUAGCAGCUCGGCCAGGAAGCGUUGGGGCGACAGCGUCGGUGACGACGGCCUCGCGACCGAGGAUGACGACAUGCCGCUCGACAUCGUGGCCUCAGGGCCGACCGCGGCAGGGCCGCCAGCCUCGCGGGCCAGGCCAGCGGACGGACCCUACGGCCCUGCAGCGGCCCGCGGCCAGCACGGGGCGACCCUGGGCGCGUGGCCUCAGGUGGAGCCCUGCCUCGCUAAGGCCCUCGCCGAGCAAGGGGCGGCCCUCUCGGACGGCGACCCCUUGGCUGCCGUCAUCGGCAAGGCACCGCUGGUCGGCAGGGCAGGAGGCCAGCAGCUUCGAGCUGGCCUAGUCAUGCUCGGCUGCAAUGGCAACAUUUGGAGCAGGAGCAUGGAAGCCCUCGAGGCCUUCUUCAAGGCGUACGACUACUGGCCCGACGUAGUGGCGCUGCAGGAGACGAGGCUCCCGCAUGAGCGCCUGCCCAGCGCGGCGGCGCAGGCUCGCGGCCUGGGUUACGCUGCCUUCCUCCACGAGGCGGUGCCGACGGAGAAGCAGGGGCCCCAGGCGACCUCAGGCGGCGUGGCGAUCAUGGUGCGAGAUGGCUUGCAGGCCGACGAGUCUGCGUACCCGUUGCCCUCGGCCUUGCGGCACCGCCUCAUCGGGGUGGAGAUCGCCGCCGCCUCGGGCCUUCGGAUCCUGGUGCUUGCUGGGUACUUUCAGCACUCUUUGGGCCCUCGAGGCACCAACCUGGACCUGUUCUCGGCCAUCUCGGAGGAGUUGGGGUGGCCCGCUUCGGUGCGGGGGCACGUCCUGGGGCCCUCGGAGGCGACGUGCCAUGCCGAGGGAUGCGACCACCUCUACGACUGGUUCGUGGCUUCCGCGGCGCUGGCAGCUUGCACGGCAUCCUGCGCCACCACGCUCGAGGGCUUCGGGCUGCACCCUCAUCGCCCUGUCCUGCUUCGUCUCCAGGACGUUCGGGCAGAUGCUUUGGUGGAGGUUCCGUCCAGGCCCGCACGCUUCCCCGAAGUUGCUCCUGAGCUCCUUCGGGCGCACGAGGACGCGGAGAUUGUGUGCUACUCGGUUGGCAAGAAAGGUCAGGUCACGCCUAGGUGCGCCGCGUGGUCCUGGGACACAGGCACUUCACCGACCAACCUCUCCGUCGCCUUCAGCGAGUGGGUGGCGGCUGCUGAAGGCACCCUGGUCGGCAUCCACGGCAUCGUCCAGGCAGACUUGGCCCGUCAUCUCGGCAGAGGAGAGGGGCCGCGGCUGUCCCUCAAGCCUCUCAGUGCCUUGGUCAGGCGUGAUGCCAGGUUCAGGUUCAGCCUCCUCACGCACCGCUUGAGGAGCUGCCUGGACGUGGCCCUCCAGCGGGUGCGCGCUGAGAGGACUGGCCGCUGGCACCCUCGGCAUGCUGACUGGUACAGGCACCAGGCCGAGCUCAGGGCGCAGCUCUUGCUAGAGGCGGUGCAGGAGGCUUCCGACUCGGUCGGUGGGGCCCCCCCUGGCGCAGCCCCUGAUCGACUAGGCGACAUGGUGUUUCAGGCGGGCGUCCACGGCAACCCUGAUGCCGUUCGGGACCUCCAAGGGCUGCUCGGUGCAUCGCAGCGCCGCGACGCGGCUCAGAGCGCCCAGGCCUGGCGCAACUGGGCACAGACAGCGGUCGAGAAGGGCGGUCGUCUGGCCCACCGCUUCUCGAAGGCGACGCCCCCGCCGACGGUCAGGGACGCUGACUCGGGCAGGAGGCUUGUUGGGAUGGCAGCGAUCGGCGAGCUCACGAGUGUCUGGCAGAAGCUGUGGCUCCAGGAUGGGUUUGCCCUGGGCGCAGGGGCCAGCAGCUGGGACGUUGGCGAGUGGCGGCUGCCACCCAUCUCGCUGGAGCAGCUCCAGGCGGCCUGCAAGCGCUACAGCCCCUCGGUGGGGCUCGGGUGCGACUCUCUGCACCCUAGGCAGAUCCUCCUGUUGCCCGUUGCACUGCAGCAGCGCAUCCUGGACAUCUUGGCGGCCUACGACGACGCCCCUGCAUCGAUCAGCGGGCAGGUCUCCCUGAUGGUGUUCAUCCCGAAGGCAGAUGGAGGGGUGAGGCCCAUUGCGUUGCUGCCGCUGGUCCUGCGGCUGUGGUCGCGCCUCCGCCAGCCGUGCUGUGCCCGCUGGGAGGCUGACCACGACUUCCCCUUUUUCUGGGGACGUGACGGGCGGGACUGCGAGCGGGCUGGGUGGUUGCACAACUGCUUUGCGGGGUUCGCGAAGGCGAACCAGCAGUUCGAGGCCGCGAGCCUCUUCCUGGACAUCAGCAAGUUCUACGAGCACGUGCGUCACGACGUUCUCUGGGCGAAUGCAGUACGUUUCGGGUUCAACCUCAGGCUGUUGCGCGGCCUCCUCACCUCCUACCAGGCCCCUAGGAUGAUCCUCGCGGCGGGCAUGGCUUCCCCCGCCUUCAGCACUACGGGUACGGUUUUGGCUGGGUGUGCGUGUGCGACAGCAGUUGCGAAGCUCCCAGUGCUGGGCGCCCUCCUGGCCGCGGGGGCGACGUGCCCGUUGGUCGCGCCGAGGAAUGUGGUCGACGACAUCUCUCUCCAGGCGGUCGGCACGGCCCGACUCGUUAAGCAGCAGAUGUUGGUCUCCAGCUGUGAAGUGGUCCGCCUGCUGCGUGAACAGCACCUCCCACUCAACGAGAGUAAGUCGGUCUUCCUGGCCUCGUCGCCGCAGCUCGCCAAGGAGCUCUCCGAGGCGUGGGCAGCGCAGGGCUUGGCCUUCAAGAGGGGACUGCAGGCGAGGAACCUCGGCACAGACGCCAACAUCACCCGUCGAGGAGUGCACGAAGGUGCGGUGCGUGCGGUCGGCGGCCUUCGGCGUGGACGCAGGCUCGGGGUGCUUCGCUCAGCUGGUGCGGCGACCGAGAUGGUCCACCGUGCUGGGCCCACCGCGGCGAUGCUGUGGGGGCGUACGGUGACUGGUGUACCUGAUAGGGAGCUUCAUUCGUGGCGCUUGGCGGCUGUGCGCUCGGCUGGGAGGUUCCCCAAGGGCGCCUCACUCGGGCUGAGGCUCAGAGCUGUGGAGGUCAUGCGGUCCAUCGACCUCGACCCGAGCCCCGCGCUGCUUCGAGCCGCUGUGCAGAUGGCGGCCAGCCUCCUUCAGUCGGGGGAGGUCUCCCAGCGCAUGUUCGAGACGGCCGUGCAGGAGGCGGAGCAGAGGCACGCGGGAGCAGCAGCCCCAUGGGCGCACUGCCGUACGCCAGUGGAUGCCUUGGCCCUCUCGCUCACCAGGGUGGGCUGGAGGCUCGUCCAAGGCACCUGCCUCGCCACCGACGACGGCCACAUCCUGGACCUGCGCAUGAUGGGGCCGCGCGAGCUGGGCCUGCUGGCAGCGGCAGGGGCGCGGCGUGCUUCGGACAGGUCGGAGCUGGCCCGCCUCGGCCACGGUGCACUCCCCCCGUCGCCCUUGUUCUGGGAGGCCUUCUCCGAGGUCCUCGGGCCUGGCAGCAAGCUCAGCCCCAGGGAGAAGGCGGCGCCCCCGAGGACCGCGCCGAGGUCGGAUGCCAUGGCGGUCAUGUGGCGCAAUCGCCCCGCCGACGGUCUCCUCGGGGGGCGCCUCUACCUGGAUGGGUCGGCGCUCGACCCCGAGCACGAGAGCCUACGGCGUGCGGGUUGGAGCAUCGUGCAGUGCGACUCCGACGGCAACAUGGAGUGCGCGGUGUACGGCAGCAUCCUCAUCGAUUGUGCGUCUACGGUCAGCUGCCUCACGUUGGGCAAGAGGUACGCGACGGCAGCCAACAAGCCCAAUGCUCAUCUCUGGGAGGGGAUCUACGCUUCGCUGGACGUGGACAUGCUCAAGGUUACCAAAGUGGCAGCCCACUGCACCGCCAGGGACGUGAUGGAUGGCAGGAUCACGGAGGCGGACCUCCGCGGCAACGGUCAUGCUGACCGCUGGGCCAAGGCAGGUGCGGAGCUGCACCGCACCAGCCCCGUGGCCAGGCGCGAGUUCUUCGGCACGAUGGAGGUGGUGAGGGAGCUCGCAUGCUGGGUGGCGCAAGCCUCCCUCAUCUGGCAGGGGAUCGAGGUCAAGGACUGCGAGGGCCUGCCUGAGGGCAGCGAGCGGACGGCUGUUUCCUUCGCCGUGCCCGUGGUGGAGGUCGCCACCAGCCGCCAGCCCGACUCGGGUUCGGGCGACGGCUGGGCCUCGGCGGCGCGCGCUGGUGGAGUAUCCCUCGGUGCGACGGCCUUCGUCGUCGCUGGCCACGUCCUGGCCUUCGCCAGGUGCGGGGAGGGCGCCGCCGAGCAGGAGCUGAUGGCGUGCACCCACUGCGGGGCGUACGCGCGGCUGGGCGGGCGCUCAGGCGCGGCGCCCAAGCUCAAGGAGCAAUGCCCAGGGUCUGCGGGGCUUCCCAAGGGCAGGCGAGACCAGAAGGCGCGCUGGCUGCAGGGGCGGCAUCCUGCUGGCACGCCCCACAGCGGCAGCAAGCGGGUCGGCGCGACAGUGCCCAGCCUGCGCAAGGAGGACGUGGUGCCGAUGGACGCCAGGGUGCGCUUCCUGCAGUGGCUGGGGGUCCGCCCCGAGGGUGCUCCUGGCGGCGAGGCCGCCGGCGCCAGCCGCGGGCCCCCCAGCGGCGCGGCGGCCGCUGGCGAGGCGGCGGCGGAGCCGCUGGCGCCUGGCCCCGCGGGGGCCUCGAGGGAGGCAUGGCUGAGCGCCUACGGCCUGGACGAGGCGAGCCUCCUCGAGUGGUCAGCCGCGGCUGAGACGGCGCGCGAGGACAGGCGCAAGAGGCGUCGCCUUGCAGAUGGUGGCGAGGGGGAGUGA